ACUCCCCACCCAUUCACUCGCGCGCAGUACCGCGAUGUCCCGAGCAAACGCGCACUCUGAAACACCACCACCACCUACUACACAACCACCCAACACCACCAUCAACAACAACUUCCUACAACCAAACUCACACGCGUGCCCGCCUUCCCCGUUUCCGCAGAGACCACCACCACCACCACACGGGUGAAGAGCCUGAACACGGGGGGAGGGGUUGUUGUUGUUUUAUUAUUUAGACGAAGCUCAGAGAAGAUCUCACGUGUGUGGGGAGAGGAGACGAGGCUGACGAGGCGGCCGGUGGUAGUUGUGGUGGUGGUGGUGAUGGCGCCCUACCCGGCCCUGCGAUGCUGUGUGCGGGUGGUGAAUUGGGUACCGGUCGUGUUCAUCGUCCUGGUCGUCUGCUGGUCCUACUUUGCCUACGUGGUAGAGUUGUGCGUCUUUACUGUGCAAAACGUCGGUGAAAAAGUGGUCUACCUGUUACUCUUCCACGUGCUGUUUGCUGUCUUGGUGUGGUCCUACUGGAAGACGAUAUUCACAGAGCCACAGGGGCCGUCAGCAGAGUUCUCGUUGCCGUACACGGAGCGCGAGCUGCUGGAGAGGGAGGGCCGGGAGGACGGGCGCCACGAGAUCCUCCAACGGGCGGCCGCGUCGCUACCUCUGCACACGCGGACGCUGGCAGGGGCCAUCCGCUACUGUGAGAAGUGCAACCUCAUCAAGCCGGACCGCUGCCACCACUGCUCCACUUGCGAAGCGUGUAUCUUGAAGAUGGACCAUCAUUGCCCAUGGGUGAACAACUGCGUGGGGUUUGCCAACUACAAGUUCUUUGUGCUCUUCCUGGCCUACUCGCUCCUCUACUGCGUGUACGUGUCCGCCACUGUGCUGCAGUACUUUCUCAUGUUCUGGAGGGUGAGUACGCGGAGCGCCCUGCCCGACGACCAGGCAAAGUUCCACGUCCUCUUCCUCUUCUUCGCCGGCGUCAUCUUCGGGGUGAGCGUCGUGUCGCUCUUUGGGUACCACUGCUGGCUCGUGUGCAAGAACCGCUCCACCCUGGAGGCGUUCCGGGCACCCAUCUUCAGGCACGGCCCCGACAAGAACGGAUUCAACCUGGGUGUGCGCAAGAACGUUGAGCAGGUGUUUGGGGACCAGGCCAGGUACUGGAUCCUGCCUGUACCUAGCAGUCUGGGAGAUGGCUGCUCAUUCCCCACGUGCCUCGUCCCUGCAGACGUCGAGACAGGCGGCUCCAUCACCAGCCCAGCCCUGAGUGGGAACGGACAUCCCGAGCCAGCGGGUUGCCCCUACGAGCCGCAGUCUCACCUCCUGAUGAGCGGCGGGGAGCAGGCCUGGGGUGAGCGAGCGCACUCGGACGCCCGCAAACCCAUCAUGGAUGUGGAGCAGGACUAGGGCGGCGAGGUCGCCCGUCGGUUCGGAGGCACGGCUCGCACAGUCUGUUAAGGCUGCACGGGGGACCUUUGUCUUUUGUGCGUUGUGCGUUCCGCAGAAUCUCUCACCCAAUGGGGUUCGUCAUGGACGUCGGCGUCAACCGCAGUGUAGCCGCGUCGAUGAUGCCGCCGCCGCCGCCGCUGCUGACGGUGACGAUCGUGAUGACGACGCCGAUGAUGAUGACGACGCCGAUGAUGACGACGACGCCGAUGAUGACGACGACGCCGAUGAUGAUGAUGAUGAUCGUGACGAUGGAGCCCAGGGCCGGCCACUCGUCGUGUCCUCGUAGGACUGAGCACGGAGCGCAGACAACCCUCUCCCUCUGUGUGUCUGUGUGUGUCUGUGUGUGUCUGUGUUUGUGUCUGUGUUUGUGUCUGUGUGUGUC